AUGGCAAGCGGCCGAGACGCCGACUCGGACGGCGUCAACGGGCGCACCACAGACUGCCAGUCGCCAAUGGAUAUCGCAUACGAUGACGGCGUCUCGCAGGCCCAAAGGCAUCUGGCUUUCCCGAGCCAUGCCCACUUGGGACGUUCUAGCGCGAACGAGGGGCAGGGCCAGAUCCAGAUUCGACAGUGUAUAACUGGCUGA